UCAGCCUCAUAAUCGUGAGCGUCAAGAACGUUGUGGAACGUCGAUCUCGUUCGUGAGGGUCUGAAAGGAUUUUGUGUUUUCUUCACAAUCUGUUCCAUCCUUGCUCAUAAGUCGACAAUUCCUUUGCAUCCUUGAAGGAAAUCAAAUAUCAAUAGAAUAUCUUUACAAAGACAUGUCUAUUGGCGUACCUAUCAAGAUUCUUCACGAGGCAGAGGGCCAUGUUAUAACUUUAGAGACGCUAAAUGGCGAGGUGUACAGAGGGAAACUUAUCGAAGCUGAGGAUAACAUGAAUUGCCAAAUGUCGAACAUUACUGUCACUGCUAGGGAUGGCAGGGUAUCUCAGUUAGAACAAGUGUUCGUUCGUGGUAGUAAAAUUAGGUUUUUAAUAUUGCCGGACAUGUUGAAGAAUGCGCCGAUGUUCAAGAAGAUGACACAGAAGGGUUCUAGUGGGACCGGUGCCGCAGGACGCGGCAAAUCUGCUAUUCUUCGGGCUCAAGCUGCAGCAAGAGGUCGGGGUGACAGAGGCAGCAGUCGUGGAGGCAGGGGCGCAAAUGUCUUCCAAAGAAGAAGAUAAUCCAUGUACAGCCUAUGCCAUAUGUAUAUAAACACUGUCUAGAACUCUCACAAGAGUCUUCCCCUUAAGCUGGUGUAUCUGAUAAAGACUGAACUUGAACAAAUGUACUGUUCACCAGGUGCUAUGAAAAGCAGAAUGAACCUGAACAAUGUUUAAUAGCUAGCAAAGGCUGGGAAGUAAGAGAAGUUCUAUAUAAGUUUUCAAGAAAGUAAGAGACUCUGACUGAAAAGUAAUGUCAUACAAGCAAACUCUCAUAAUAGAAAAUGAUUCCACAGGAAGAGAACAAAACAACACAACCAUUCUGCUGGAAAUUGCCCUGUUUAAUGUAAUGUAGAUGGCAUUUUUUGCAUUCACUAAUUUUCAUGCACAGUUGCUUUAUCGCCAUUCCACAACCUUCAUUUCGGUGCAUAUGAAAGUGGUGUUUGAUAUUUUAUUUUUAAGUGGGCUUUUGCACAGUGCAAAAGGCAAAAAAAAAAAAGUAGCCAAAAAAGUGUUCACUUUCAAUAUUGCAGUUAUGUAGAGCUAUCUUAACAUUUACAAUAUUGUUUGGCAGAUUGCAUAUUUCCUCAAAAUGAUGGGGUUUGUACAGAGCUGAGUAUUUCUGGUAUGUUUUAUAGCUGUGCUCUGGUUUCUGCUAUUAUGCUAUAAAAAUCAUUCUUGUCAAUAACAUUUUCUUCUUUUUAAACUUUGGUGUAAAAAAAUAGUGAAAUUGUGUGUGAUGGCUGUUCACUUAUUUUGUACAUUCAUUGCUCUGUUGUAAUAAAAAGAUACUAUUCAUUCAUGAA